GGACUUGAGUGCUUUUCCAUUUGGUGACAGCUGUCAAAAUAUACCUCACUUGGCCAACAGAGCAAGCAAUAAAAACAACUGAUGAGCAGUGGCACUUUUUUUAUUCGCUCUUCCUACACUCCCUGAUUGUGUGUUAAACAAUGCUGAUUGCAAUUUAUCCCAGGGAAGCAACAAAGAGAGGGUCUCUCCUCUCAUACCAUAGCCCUGCCAGAGUGGAGUUACAUCAGCUGACGAAGGGUCCCCCUUAUAUCUGCCAGCAAAAACUGCAUGAGCCACACAGAAAAGGGAGGGAGAGAAAGAGAGAGGCAGGCAGAUGCUGUAGAAGAGGCAGGAGAUACGAAGGCACUCCGGCAAAGCAGGACGGAGAGGAGAGGAGGUGAGGGACAGGGACGCUGCAUGCCUUUAACUCUCCUUCCUCUGUUGCCUCCAGUCUCGUCCAGGAUCUAAGAAUGAUGCAAAAAAAAAGAAGGACUUCCCUGUCUGGCUGAAGGCAAGUGCUGAUGGGGUUGAAUGGGAAUGAGGAGACCUUCCUCUGUGAAAUCUGAUUCUGUGCCUCUCUUGACCCAAACAACCAGCAAACCUUCCUCGCUUCCAUCCCCGCCAUGGAGAACAGCAGCAUCAGCAGCAAGUUUGACAGCCCCACCAACAUAUCCCUGGUAGGCAGUGAUAGUCCACUGGAUAUUCUUGAAUACAAGGUCAUCUCCGUCUUCCUGGUGUUGGGCAUCUGCGGAGUUGGCAUCAUCGGCAACGUCAUGGUGGUGCUGGUGGUCCUCACCACCCGUGAGAUGAGGACUCCCACUAACUGCUACUUGGUUAGCCUGGCUGUGGCUGAUCUGAUGGUUCUGGUGGCUGCUGGCCUGCCCAACAUCUCUGACAGCCUGGCAGGAACGUGGAUCUAUGGGUUUGCCGGGUGUCUUGGCAUCACCUUCUUUCAGUACUUGGGCAUCAAUGCAUCAUCCUGCUCCAUCACUGCCUUCACUGUGGAAAGGUACAUUGCUAUCUGCCACCCAAUGAAAGCGCAGGCGAUGUGCACGGUGUCGCGGGCCAAGCGCAUCAUCACCUUUGUCUGGAUCCUCACCUCAGUGUACUGCACCCUGUGGUUCUUCCUGGUGGACAUUGCUGUCAACAAAAGCCAGCAGCUGGAGUGCGGCUACAAGGUCUCCCGCAACCUCUACCUACCCAUCUACCUCCUCGACUUCGCCCUCUUCUUCGUCACCCCUUUGCUCCUCUCCACGGUGCUCUAUGGUCUCAUCGGGAGGGUCCUCUUCCGCAGCCCCAUCCCACACCAGCCCACUGCCUGCACCCAACGCUGGCAAGACCAGAGUUGCAAAGUAAGGAUUGGCAAAGAGAGGAAUGGCACAGAGGCCAGCCGGAGCAAGGCCAGCGGCUCAAGAACCAGAGUGCCCGUCUCCUCCAGGAAGCAGGUGACCAAAAUGCUGGCUGUGGUGGUGGUCCUCUUUGCCCUCCUCUGGAUGCCCUACCGGACUCUGGUGCUGGUGAACUCCUUCAUGGAGCACCCCUACCUGAACCGCUGGUUCAUCCUCUUCUGCAGGGUCUGUGUCUACGCCAACAGCGCCAUCAACCCCAUCAUCUACAACCUCAUGUCCCAGAAGUUCCGCCUGGCCUUCAAGAAGCUCUGCAAGUGUGGGAAGGUGGAGCAGCAGCCAAGGCACAGAUUCUAUGCAGCCUCCAGCAUGAAGAAGGAACCUGACGCCCACCCGCAUGGGGACAUCAAGGCUAAGGGGCCACCGUCCCCAGGAGGAGGCGAAGAGGAGGACUUGCCUGCUUUGGAGCAGGUGCCUGCAUCUGAGAAAGAGAAGGAGCCGUAUUUCAGCGUGCUCUAAAUGCCCCAGUUCCCCUUGCCUCGCUCCUUUCUCACUUCCCAGUAAAGGACUUGCUUUACUUCUCCUAGUAAACUAGAUCUAUAGGAAGGGAGGUACUGUAGCUGACUUAGACCAAGUCAAACCACUGGUUUAUCCAGCUCAGAAUUGCCUACACUAACUCGGUUUCUACCUGGAGAUGCCAGGGAUUGAACCUUCUGCAUGCAAAGCAAGUGAGUCAUGACACUUCCUUUAAAUAUAAUAAGAUCUUGUGGUUCUUGUUUAAAUAGGAAGAGAGGCAUUUGCCUUCUACUGAGUCAAUCUGUCUCAGGAUUGUCUUUACUGGCUGGCAGAGGCUGUCCAGGAUUUCAGACUGGCGACAUUCCCAGCCCUAUGGGGAAAUACUGGGGAAUGGGCCUGGGACCUUCUGCAUGCCAAGCAGGUGAGCUAUGGUAACUGCGAUAUAGGAAGUUGCCUUACUGAGUCAGACCCAUGGCUCAGUCCUGUCUAUGCUGACUGACAGUGGCUCUUCAGGGCAGGAGGCAGGGGGGCUCUUCCAGCCCUGCCUGGAAAUGCCAGAAUCGAGCCUGGCACCAUCUGCAGGCAAAACUGGUGCUCUGAGCAACCCCUGAGCUAUAUUUCAGGAGCCCAAAUCAGUGUUCACCCACCAUUUUGAACAGAAUUGUGUUUCUGACUCUGGGAAGGAGUUUGUCAGGGCUGGAGCCCUGCUACAAGUUCUGUACUCAGGACCUAAAGGAUGCUGGGCCAGAAUCAGGACUGUGUACCAGCUCCACCCCAGCUCCAGGGAGAGAGCUGCAAGGGGACAGACCACACCAGCCAAGGAAGCCUCUUGGCAGUGAGAGGCCAGGGCAAGCCAGCUGAUGCUCCUGGACCCCUAUAAAAAGCUGGCAUCUUUAGCUUGUGCACAGGUCUGAGCUGAGUACCUAGAGACAGUACAGUUCCCCUUGCUGCCCAGGUAUGAGAGAGCUGCAAAUGGGGGAAGAAGAUGGCACAAACCCCUCCUUGAAAAGGGUCACUCCAUAGUCCACUGACCAUGACUUGCUUUGCUUUGGCCUCUUUGAUAUACAGUAGAUAGAGAUAGAUAGAUGAUAGAUAGAUGAUAGAUAGAUAGAUAGAUAGAUAGAUAGAUAGAUAGAUAGAUAUAGAUACUUCUCCUUUUUAUUUGCCUUGCUGCUCCAGAAGCAAGGGACAAGGUGUGCUUAACUCUCUCUGCUCCCAUCUCCCUGAAACUGGUGCCCUCCAAAGGUUUGGGACUCCAGUUUCCAUCAGUCCCUGCCAGCAUAGUCAGUGGUCAGGGAUGCCAGUGAUGUGUGGAGGGCAUCCCAGGUUGGGAAAAGCUGCUCUCAAGGCUGCAGACAGGUUGUGCUGGAAUGAUCUUGCUGGUCUUACAAUGGGCAGAAACACAGUUGCAUCACAGGCCUGAAUUGUGAUUCCUACAUGGCAGGGGGUUAGGUUGCAUGACCCUUUGGGGUUCCUACAAUUCUAUAAGUGCAAAGUCACCCAGAAGGUGCUCAGUUCAACAGGGACAAGCUGUCUGAAACAGCAGCAUCUAAACCUUUGUAACUCAGCCUUUGAACUGAUAUGUACCCUUUUCCACCCACAUCUAGGAAUGAGUCAAGGGUGGCCUUUAAGAAAAUGUUUUAUGAGAUAUUUGGUGACUUGAAUUGGGUAACUACUGGGCAUAGCAUUGCAUGGCAACAGACACAGAAUAAAAUGUUACAAGGCUUCAGUGGUAGACUGUAGCAUCCAUUGGGGGCAGGGACAGGUGCCCUGGUGCCAUCCACAUGUUGCUGGACUGCAACCCCCAUCAGUCUCAGCAAGAGAUGAUGGGAAUUGUAGUCCAACAUCUGGACGACCUCACAUUGGCUUUUCUGGAUCAGGGGGAAGGUGUACACAUGAUGGUGGCAAAGUAGACUCUGGAAAGUAAAUGCUAUUGUGCAAGUUGCCGGUGACUCAUUUCUGCUCACUUUGAGCUAUGUGGCUAGGCUCCCCUUGACACUGGAGCUGUCCAGUAGGACACAGCAAAGGAACUAGCCAGCCAAGGACAGCCAGGCUUUAUAGAGCUGCCCCAGCAGCUUGUGCAAACCUAGCUUGGGCAGCAGGUGUUUUCAAUGCUGCUGUCUGCCCAGGGUCCUAGUCUCUGGAUUGGAAAUAUGACCACCCUGGGACCUGCUGGUGAAGGGAGGGUAAUAAAAUUAAAUAUAAUUAGAAUGAUGAUAAUGAUAAUGCAAACAUGCCCAGGCUGGAAGUUGCCUAGAGUAGGGUGUGUGUGAUGGGACAGGGAAGGAAGCACUGGCCCCACCUUAUAUAAACAGGCAAACCAACAGCUAGAGGAUGAGCAGCAGCCUUGUAAUUGGAAAGCUCCACAGCCCAUGAAACUUUGAAGCCCUUCAUAUAGCAUGGGAGGAAAGCUAAACAAAAUUGAUAAGUAUUUCAGAAUUUGGAGAGAGACACCAGGCAAAGACUGUGAGUGAUGUAACUCUGUACACAGAGAGAGGUGGAUAAGAGAGAAUGGAACCACGGAGAGUAUAUAAGAUUUAAUUAAAUGAGGUGGAAAAACAAUUAUCGUUUGAAACUUGCAUUUCUGGGGUUGGAACUUUGUGCAGGAAUAACAUCCUCACUGGGUCUCCUCUAAAACCCAGAGGCUGACUCAGGUUUCUGAAGGAACCUGCGUUGCUGCAAUUUGCUGUCCACCUCUUAAAGAGAAAGUUAAACUGGCAACCAAGUUCAUGGAGGAGAGGGCUAUCAAUGGCUGCUAGCCAAGCUGCCUAUGUUCUACCUCCACUGUUGGAGGCAGAAUGCCUAUGAAUGCC